CUGUUUUUGAAGCAAGAGCUCCCGGGCAGCAGGAGUGAGCACCCUCCCACCUGCGCCCACAGCCAUGGCCAAGGCAGAAUGGCUCCUGGCACCCUGGCACCGGGGAGCCACCUCUAACCUGGACCUCGAGAACAAGAAAGCCGCCCACACCAAGCUGUCAUGGCAGCAGCCAGUGAACGUCUUCCUGGCAUCUGGGCGCCCGCCGGGCAUGGAGCAGCUGCACCAGGAGGCCCAGCUCAACCUCCAGAGCUUGCUGCAAGAGGAGUAUGAGGAGCAGUACACCGAGAGCAGGGUCACCGGGCAGACCUUCCGUGCCACCGGCCACCUGCCCCCCGACACUCCCCCUGAGCCGUCGCCGCGACCCCCGCCUGCUAAGCGCCUUGAGUUUGUGCUUAUGCCCCCAAGCCGGCGAGCAACCGAAGAGGAGACUGCUGGCACAACUGCACUCGGUGCUCGGCUGCCCGACACCUCCCUGAGCCUCCCCACCAGCCCCGACAAGCAGCCAGCCUGGACCAGGGCCUUCCCCCUGCCCACCGUGGAGGAGAAGCAGUGGCACCAGUCCUGCUCCAUCCAAACCAACAUCGUCCCCAUCAAUGUCUCGGGGCAGCACUUUGCUAGGCACGCGAGUGCUCGUCACUCCCUGUUUAACACAGAGACCGCGAUGAACCCCAAGUCCACCCUGCGGCGUAGACGGACCAUUAUCGGAUUCCCUAACCUGUCCCUGCGAGACCAAGGCAGUGCCAACGGCCCCACACUCAACACACGUGUGCCCAUUGCUGAGUCCCUCUCCUGCAGCUUCGUGCCUGAGGCCACAAGUGGGGGGAAGACACCCCAGGAGAUCAGUCCCCACCAGCCCCUCUCUGCCCCACUGAGGAAGACCUUCAGUGACCUCGGUGCCCGCUGCUGCCAGCCACCCGCCACCAUGGACAGUGCGGCCACCCCCUGCACCAGUGCUUGCAACGGGCCGCAGGGCACCCACUUCUCCCCAUCCUGGAGUACCCUGGGCUACGGGAGCCCCUCCAGCCCCACCACCAGCCAGGGCAAGGGGCCCCCCUGUGCCUCUCCAGGCGGCUCCAUCCCAUCACCCAGCCCAGGCUCACCCGCUGCCUCCUUCUUCAUUGCCACAGAGGAGCGUGCAGGCAGCAACGGGCCUGGCUCCUUUUCCAGCACAGUGCCUGAGUCCCCCUCCACCUCCGGGGGUGGCCAGAGGUGUGAGGGCCGAGAAGCCAAGGUGAACUUCUUGCCAGGAGGCCAAGAGGAGCCGGAGCCAGCUGUGGAGCCAGCACGGCUGGAGGUGGAGCGGGCAGGGUGCCGGUUCCGCGAGCGGUCGCUGUCAGUGCCCACUGACUCGGGCUCCCUCUGCUCGGUGGACAUUGCGUACGCUGAGACUCGGCGGGGCAGUGCCAACUACGCCCUGGGCUACCCCAGCGCCAGCUCUGAGGGCAGCACCAGCACUGACAACAUUUCCCUGGGGCUGGAGCCGGAGGGCCAGCGGCGGCGGCGCUCCAAGAGCAUCUCCCUCAAGAAGGCGAAGAAGAAGCCCUCGCCACCCACACGCAGCGUCUCUCUGAUUAAAGAGGGGCAGGAUGCCACCGCGGGGCCCAGCUCACCACUGCCCAAGGAUCAGCGACCCAAGAGCCUGUGCAUCCCACCGGAGCCCCAGGGACACCGGCUGGUGCAUGCCGAACCCCAGGGGAGCGUGGGGAGGGAGCCCGACGGCACAGCUACUCCCCACCAGUGGCAUCUCACGGACUGGAAGGCCAGCGAUCCCUACCGGUCCCUCUCCAGCUCAAGCACAGCCACAGGGACCACAGCCAUCGAAUGCACCAAGGCACGGGGCAGCUCUGAGUCCCUCACAUCCCCCUCCAUCUCCAGGGCCACGACGCCUUCCCAGCUCUCCGCCGAGGCAGACCUCAAGACCUCCUCCCCAGGCAGGCCCACUGGGCUGAUGUCCCCAUCCAGCGGGUACUCCAGCCAGUCGGAAACCCCAACGCCCACCGUCCCCACCUCUGCCAUCCUUGGGCACUCCCCGCACCAGGUGCGGGUGAGGCCACUUGUCCCUGAGAGGAAGUCCUCACUGCCCCCCACAUCCCCCAUGGAGAGGAGCCCCAAGUCCAGGCUGUCCUUCGACCUGCCGCUCAUGCCACCCGCCCACCUCGACCUCUCAGGGCUGAAAAUCUCCCUGAAAGGGAAGACGAAGGUCAGCCGGCACCACUCCGACUCCACCUUUGGCAUCAAGCUGGCCCAGAAGACCAGCCCCAUCACACCCAUCAUGCCGGUGGUCACACAGUCCGACCUGCGCUCCGUCCGCCUCCGCUCCAUCAGCCGCUCGGAGCCAGAGGACAAUGCUGAUGGACCAGAUCACGCUGAGGAGCUGUCGCACGGUCCCUGCCUGGGGCCAGAGAGGAAGGUGAAGCCACCUGUGGCAGAGAAGCCGCCACUGGCCAAGCGGCCCCCGAUCAUCCUGCCCAAGCCCCCACCUCUGCGGGAGGAGGGUCCCCUGUCACCCACAUCCCCACCAGGCGCUGCCACCAAGGAGAAGGGGCUGCCUCAGGAUGGCUUUGUGGUGCUGCGGAAAGGGGAGUGGAGGAGGAGCCCGGGGGACUCCCCCUUGCCCCUGACCCCGGCAGGACCCCGGCGGCUCUCGCAGGGCAGCCUGGAGGAUGAGCCACGGCCAGAGUGGAGUGGUGCCAGCGAGGGGGAGCGGAGGAAGGCCAAGGUGCCGCCGCCAGUGCCCAAAAAACCCAGCGUGCUCUACCUGCCGCUCGCCCCAACCCCGGCACAUCUGGGAGCUGGCAUGGGGGACCAGCCACCCACCCCCAGCCCCAUCAUCACGCUGGACACUGACCCUACCUGCUGCGACCCCGACGUUGAGGAGCCACCAUCCCCAGAGGCCCUGGGCACAGCACAAGCCAGUGACCACUCCUCAGAGCAAGGCAGCUCAGGGGAGGCUGGCACAGAGGAAAAAAGCUUCGUCAGCGACAAGACGGCUGACUCCAUCGCAGAGGAGGACGACGAUGUGUUCGUGACAUCCUGCACCACGGAGGAUCUCUUCACUGUGAUCCACAGGUCGAAGAGGAAGGUCUUGGGGCGGAAAGAGCCUGGUGACACCUUUGGCAGCCGGCCCAACUCCCACUCGCCUGUAAAGACUUCAGGCUCCCCAACCAGCGAUUCUCCAGCAGCAGCAGGCAGCACCGGGAAGUCCUCCAGCAGGAAUGAAGACUUUAAAGCCCUGCUCCAGAAGAAGGGCAGCAAAACCAGCCCCGGUACUCGGCCAUCUGCUGCUGAACUGCUCAAGACCACAAAUCCACUGGCUCGGAGGGUCAUGAUGGAAUUUGCCCCUGAGCUUGACGGUGCAAACAGUCCCAAAAGCCAGCCCUAAUCUUGUAUGGUCCCUUCUGGCCAUGAAGGGCUGGAGAUGGCUGCAGAAGGAAUAUUGCUGUGGAAGGGGUGUCCUGGCUACCCGGGUGAGUCCAUGUGUCCCGCCAGGGGUUUUCUUCUGCUUUUGUUUCUUCCUUGGAGAGCCGCUGGUGGAGAGGCUGCAUUUGGAGCCCAAGCCCCCAUGUCUCUGGAGGAGCUGGGCCCUUUCCAAGAGGAAAAAGAUGGCACUGUGGCUAGGAUCGUCCCCGGCUGAGCCAGCUCCCAGGACCGAAGGCGUCUGCUCAGGAAGUGGAGCAGGACUGCAGCCCCCGGUGUCGCUCAGUGCCCACAGCGAAGCUAGCUUGAAACUGUUUGGUCACUUCGGCAUGUGGUACUUUAAAUGGCUUUUCUAAUGCACACGUGGUGAUGAUGUUUUAUUCUCUUUCAUUUGACAUUGUACCUUGAGUUUCCCAGGCAAAGAUCACGGGUUUGAGUUCGGCUGGAUACAUGGAGAUGUACUUUGGGAAGACAUAAGGGGGCCAGCUGAAAUUGAGGUUGCUUUGGAAGAGCCACAAGCGGUUCCCCCUUGUCAUCCCGAGCAUCCUCCUUGUCGCACGGGGAACAGGCACCCCACCGUCCACAGCCAGCGCGAUGACCUCAAGCCAAAACCCAGCCCCUCCAAAGCCCCCAAAAUGCUGCAUUUCAGAGCUCCUCAGCUCUUGGUCCAAAAUCAAACCCCAGGGUCACCUCUGCCACCAGCCCUGGGGAGCCUCACAAGCCUCCCUGCUCCCCGCCAGCCUCCCUGCUCCUUGCUGGGUCCUGCACCAGCUGUUGACUUCAGGUGAUGUUGGGUGUGGGUGGCCCUGCCGCCGUGGGAAGGAAGGGCUGUGGCAAGCUAGCGCUGCCUGGGGAUGCCCUUCCCCAGCUCUGCCUCUUGGAUCACACCAAAGUACCCUGCAGUAGCAUUGCCUGCAAACAUCUGCCACAUUAGCUGCUGGAGGUCCUGGGUUUCCACCGAACUGUUGGCCAAACCCAGCCAGAGGUCACCUGAGCCACCUCCCAGGUGACUCCUGGGGUCCCUCUUGGGGUUACCACUGCUCCAGCUGUGCCUGCCGGCUGCAGGGGAGCUGUGCGGGGCCGAGCAGGAUGCGUGCCAGUGCCAUGGGCAAAGCAGGGGCUGCACCCUGUUGCUGUCCAGAGACCACUGCUGGCAGUACCACCGUCCCCCUGGCACACGCAGGUCCCCAGACUGUGUUCCCCGGAGUCUCCCGUGGGCCAGGACACGCUGCCAAGGUGUGCAGCGGGCCCUGAGCAGUGUGAGCCUGGGAGGAGGCAGCACGUGCUGCAGUGGCACGGGGAGAUGCAGCACUGGCACAGCCACAUUGCCCAGCCCUGCCAAAGGGGUGGUUUUCAUAUCCCCCUGGCUGGGCUGCCAGCCCUCACCCGGGGCACAACGGAAGGCACAGGGUGGGAUUCACCCCCCUCACCCCCAGCUGCUGCUUCCUGGCUUGGCUCCAGCGUGGGAGCCCCAGCUGUCAGUGACAGAGGCCACGGUGAGGGGCAGCGGGGCAGGGACAGCUGCUGGGGUCGGGGCAGAGCUUGGGAGGAGGGCAGGAAUGAGAGGGAAUGCCAGCCCCAGCUCAGAGCACGAGCAUGGCUGUGUGCUCGUAGCAAGAGAGAAAGGGCGGCUGACAAAGAAACAGGGUUUAGAAAAAUUUCUGCUUUAUUAAUCUUGAUACAUUUCUGCAAACUCUGGCAUGCCACAGCCCUCCUGUGCGUGGGAGAGUGAUGCAGCUGGGUCUGGGCAGCAGUGAGGAAAGGAAGAUACCAUGGCAGCACUACAGCUGCUCUUCCAAGAGGCCAGAGCUGGUCUGGGGGGGUCUCUGCCCACCCCCAGGAAGCACAGCCCUCUGCAAACUCCUCCCCAUCCACACACCCAUGCUGGAUUUCACCCUAAAAGAGGCUCUGCGCUCCCUGCGGUUGGUUCCCCCUCCCCUCCCUCCUACUUGCACAUUGCUCCCUUCCCUCUCCCGGGGUUGCAGAUUUAAGCCUGUAAUUAAGAUCCAGGCUGAGAAACUCAGGAAAAAAAGAAAAAAAAGAAAAAAAGCUCUAACAGAUUUCCAUGCUUCAUCUCCAUCCCACAGCACCCAGCUCUCCUGCUGCUCCCAGGUCUGGCAGCAGGGUGCUGGCAUGGCAGGGAUGGGGCCCUGGGGACGGGAGAGGGGAGCUCUGGGGACUGGUACAUUUUGCACAUGACUGCUCAGGAAAUGUGGUGGCGGAGGUGGCGGCUAGGGGAUGGCAGCCGCAAAGUGGGCUGGGGACAAGCACGGAGCAGGGGCACCUCUGCAAAAACCCAGCACCACUGGCAGGGAAAGUGGUCGUCUGCUACUGGAUAAGAAAUGUAUAGGAGGUCCAGGGUGCAUCCUGGCUGCUGAGCCAGGGGUCAGGACAUGGGAUGGAGAUCCUCAUUUCCCUGGCCAGAGGAAUGGGUUCUUACUGGUGCCAGUUCCCUAGCCACUUGCUUCCUCCUCCCUCCAGCUGUGGAUGCAGAACCAUUUCCGCAGCUGCUUGGCUGUGGAAAACGCAGCUCGCGGUCCUAAGGGAGAGGCCGGCCAGCGGUGCAACCCCUGGUCCCGCAGGGUGGGGGCCGGCCCGCCAUGGUGCGUACUUCUGAAUGUUGUACUUUUUAAUCUCGCCAGCUUGGUAAACU